AUGCGUGCACACUAUAUAGCAUUGGACUUAGCUGCGGAACCUGGUAGAACCUACAGACAACAUCUUGUAGAUGUAUGGGAAAAUAUUUGCCCGAGCAGACCAGCAUAUGCUCAAUUACUGUCCAACAGAGUAAGAUGGAUACUGCAAAACCAGAAAUUGUCCCGAGCUGAACUGGAGAACAUCAAAGCCAGUUGCUGCCCACUCAUCCUAACCGAGCAACUCAGCUCUGAAUUACAAGAGCGGACCCCACGGAGGUCAUCGGCUAGGAUACGGAGAAGUGGAUUGCAAACACAAGUCGAGGACAACAACGAGUUGGAACAGCGAUUUCUGGGGAACGUGUUGAAGUUCUCGGGAGUUGCGCCGGAGAAGAGACCGAAGAUUCCCCGCAUGCAACAUUCCAGGGAAUUCCUUGCCACAGUCAAGAUGAUCAAUUUGAUUCUUUCGAAAUAUAUGGAGAAAGUCGACAAGUUGGAGGAGAUCGUUGAUCUUGUAUAUGCGGGAGCAGCCACUACGUGUGAGGAACAUGGCCGAGGAACGGAACAUCACCACGGUCCAAAGUCAUCUGAAGUACCUCCUUGGAAGAAACGCCUGGAAAAAAAGAUCGUUAUUAUCAGAAAAAAAAUAGGAGUUAUACAUGCUUACAUGGCUUCUGAUAAUCCGACAGCGAAGGUGGCUAAAGCUGUCAGGAAAAUAUCAUCCGAGUUCCGGGUAAAACGUGGGGAUCCUUCUUUCAGGGAUAGGUUGUCUGUAGUGCUGGACAAUCUGAAACAAAAAAUCAGAGCCUUAGGUCAUCGCAUCCGGCGUUAUAAUGAAAGAUGUAAACGGUACAAGAAUAAUAGGAUCUUCUACCAGAACCAAAAACAGUUCUUCCGGGACCUUGAGGAGACCGAACACGAGGGAGGCUGCCGGGUGGAUCCCGGUGUAGCUCACAAAUUUUGGAGCGAGAUAUGGUCCAGCGGUGGAGCCCAUGACGAGCAGGCAUACUGGAUCGAUGAGGCCCAGUCUCAGAUCCCGGAUGUUCGGAUGGCCGAGAUGCAGAUAUCUGAGGCGGACAUAGGUGAAGCUUUGAAGGGUUCAAACAACUGGUCUGCACCUGGACCAGACAAACUGCACAACUACUGGUGGAAACAUCUGACCAGUUCACACAGGACUCUCGCCAGACUUCUUCAGAGGUCCUUGGAGGAUCCAACAACAGUCCCUGAUUUCUUCACAGUGGGAGUAACUCAUCUUUUACCUAAAGACGGAAAUCCCCAGGACCCCAAAAACUAUCGGCCUAUUACCUGCCUAUCAACGGUCUAUAAGAUCCUCACGGCAGUGCUCACCAGGAACAUAAGCCAACAUUUGAGAAACAACAACCUCAUAGCCCGUGAGCAGAAUGGCGGGAGAAUACGUACCAAAGGGUGUAAAGAACUGUUGGUUAUUGAUUAUAUACUUACCAAACAAGCCCGGCGGAAAUUGAGGAAUAUCUCUGUGGCCUGGGUUGAUUACCAAAAGGCCUUCGACUCGGUCCCUCAUUCAUGGCUGAUAAAAGUAUUAGAGAUGCACGGAGUUAAUGAUAAGGUCACAAAGCUAUUGGCAUACCUUAUGAAAUCCUGGAGGACGUCACUGUUGCUGGGGACGGGGGACCGUAUGGUAGAAUCGGACAGAAUCAGGAUCGGGCGGGGGAUUUUUCAGGGAGAUACUUUGAGUCCGAUCUGGUUCUGCAUGGCGCUGAACCCUAUCAGCAUGAUACUGAACAACACAGCCUAUGGAUACGUCAUCGAUAAACAAAGGAGAACUCGGAUUAACCAUCAGUUAUAUAUGGACGAUCUGAAGCUUUACGCUGCUAACGCCGACCAGCUAAAGAGACUCCUAGAGAUCGUGUCAAUUUUCAGCGACUCCAUAGGCAUGAAGAUGGGCAUAGAUAAAUGCGCUAUUCUUGAGGUGAAGAGAGGAAAGAUUCAGGAGAGCUGCAAGGGAACAACUUUGAUGAACCAAAUAACGGUUCCCCCCCUAAACACAGAUGACACCUACAAGUACCUGGGAAUAAGACAGGCAUUGGAAAUCAAGACCUCGGAGAUGAAGGAAUUAUUCAAACAAAGACUUUACAAAAGAGUCAACCUUCUCCUAAAAUCCAAACUCAACUCCAGGUCCCUAUUUACGGCCAUUAACAUCUGGGCAAUCCCGAGCAUAACGUACUCCUUCGGCGUCCUGACUUGGUCUCUGACUGAGCUGCGAGAAAUAGACAGAGCAAUGAGAUCUAUGCUCACAAAAUACGGAAUGCACCAUCCCCAUGCGUCAAAAAUCCGGCUUUACCUCCCACGACAUCAGGGAGGCAGAGGCCUCAUGAACCUAGAAAAUGUUCACGAAGGCAAUCUGAUCUCACUGAGGAAUUACUUCCUCAAAGAAAACUCACCUCUGUUCCUGUCCAUUCGUGAGGCUGAUGAUAAGAUCACUGCACUGAACCUGUCCGCGCCGGAACACCAUGACACCAGACGGUCGCGGGAAGACAUGAUAGGAGAAUGGAAUGCGAAGGCCCUCCACGGAAGAUAUCCCAGUCGCCUGAAAAAUAAUAAUCAUGUAAAUGAGGUAAAAUCACUCACCUACUUACGUGCGGGAUACCUUUUUCCCGAGACAGAAGGGCGACUCAUCGCCAUUCAGGAUCAGGUUGUGGCAACAAGAGCGUACAUGAAAAACAUUGCUCGGAUUGACAUUCCUACAGAUCGAUGUCGCAGGUGUGCCCAAGCACUAGAAUCCAUCCAGCAUAUUACUUCGGCAUGCCCAGUUCUCGCCCCAAGGGAUUAUCUUGAAAGGCACAACUCUAUGGCAAGAAUAUACCAUCAAAAGAUUGCACUGAGACUUGGCCUGUUGCAGAAUGAAACUCCAUCGUACUGGUAUCAGCCGAAGUCGCUGCUACAAAGCGAGGAAUAUAAAUUAUACUGGGAUACCACCUUGGUAACGGACAGAGGUGUUGCCCACAACCGGCCGGAUGUCGCUAUCUUCGAUUUGAAGAGGAAGACCUGUAUGCUGCUGGAUUUCACCAUCCCGGCAGAUGACAACAUUUCCAGAGCCUACUCUGAAAAGGUCAGUAAGUACUCUGAUCUGGCGUUCCAGCUCCGGGAGCUAUACGAGCUCCGGACAAUAAGUGUACUCCCGAUGAUUAUAUCGGUGAACGGUUUGGUUGAGAAGCACCUACCUGAAAACACCAAAAAACUGUGCUUGGACAACGACACAAUUUCUUCCUCUCAGAAGCAGGUUAUCCUGGGCACUGUCAGAACCGUCAGAAAGUUUCUGCAGGGUCCGUAG